AGGAUGGCAAUAUUUUUGGUGUGUCGGACCGGGUAUAGAACCACAUCAUUAUGUUGCAGGUUCAAUUCAAACUAUGUCAGGAGAAUGAGAUACAUGUUCGAAUUGAAAGAAAAUGAUAAUGCUUGUCAUCAGGCCUAUAAUUCGGGAGCUUUUUUCCUGUUUCACAACCUCUCCCCCCUCUUGCGGCCAAAGGAAAAAAUGUUCUGGGCCCCAAAGAUAAAUGCAGCAGAAAUUAAACAGUUUUUGGUGGAAUUUAAUCAGGAUGAACAGAGGAUAGAGAAUUCCAUGCUUGUCGGCUGUUCGGAGGAAUGCACACCAUACUUUGCUCUGGAUCUAGGAUGGUUGGACAAGGCUUCCAUUGAAUCAAAAUUCAAUGGGUCAUUCACAGACUUUCGGAAGGCCUUCUUCCAGUUAGAAGAAGAAGAAGUAUCAUUGAUUUCAACGGCAAAGGCUCUCCUCCGCUGGCAUGACAACCACAAGUACUGCAGCCAAACUGGGAUGCCCACAAUGAAGAAUCUGGCUGGGAGCAAACGGGUUUGUGACCACAGUGGAACCAUCUAUUACCCACAGAUGUCUCCAGUAGUUAUUACUUUGGUGUCAGAUGGAAGUCGAUGCCUUCUUGUACGGCAAGCAUCAUUUCCCAAAGGGAUGUACAGUGCUCUGUCUGGCUUCUGUGAUGUAGGUGAAACUUUGGAAGAAACUGUGCGCAGGGAAGUUGCUGAGGAGGUGGGCUUAGAGGUGGCCUCUCUGUGGUAUUCUGCUUCCCAACAUUGGCCAUUUCCACACAGCACCCUCAUGAUCGCCUGCCAUGCUCAGGUGCCUCCGCAGCAGAGCGAGAUUAGUAUCAACAAACAGGAGCUGGAAGCGGCCAGAUGGUUCAGCCGUGAGGAGGUGGUGGAGGCCCUUGGAAGGAAACCUUCCAAAGCAAAGGACAACAGUCUCACCUUUUGGGUGCCGCCUAAGCGAGCCAUAGCCCAUCAUUUAAUCCAGGAAUGGAUUAAGCAACAGGACUCUCCACCAUGUCAUGGUUAACUACUUAGCUGAUCAAAAUCUGCUGGUUUUACCACUGGUGUCUUUGUUCCAUGGACCGGUUCUUUCUUUUAUGCAGAAGAUCUGUUGGCAGAGGAAAUUGUACCUCUUAGCACUUUUGCUAAACAGAGUGCCUGUCUCCCUGUUUCUCAUGUUCAACAAUUAGGCAAUAAAGAAUGUGGUACAAUCAAUAAAACGACAUUUUUUUUACAGAUACAGAGUUCAGUGCCUUUGAGUGAGUUGUAUCAUCUGCAUAGAAGACUAAGCUAUAUUUUCCAAGAACUUAGAUUUUAAUACUUUGAAAACUUAUUUUUAGAGGGAGGAAUCAGAUGCCCCUAUGGACAGUCAGCCGUUCUCCAUGUUCCCUGAAAUCCUGUUUAGUAAGUUGAGAGUCGCUGACUUUUUCUGGCCCUACAGUGGAGGCCCAAUAGUUGAGAAAUUCUGUUGCUGCCACAAGUAUCACAUUGGAUUUCAACCAGGAUUUUUUUUAGGAUACUGCAAGAUUUAAACUACCAUGAAUACCAAUUCUGAAUCUGAAUUUUGAUGGAAAUUGCAACCUUCUUCAAGCCUCCUCUAGUAAUUUGUUAAUCUAUGAUUCUGUUUGCUUACUAUUUUGUAUGUUUGUUCUGGUAUGCAGCAGCUUUUGCUUCCUGAGAGG